AUGAAGAAGGGAAUCGAAGAGAAGACGAUGAGCGUACCUUUCUACAAACUAUUUGCUUUCUCAGAUUCUACCGAUGUGUUGUUGAUGAUCGUUGGUUCGAUAGGAGCUAUUGGAAACGGUCUUGGUUUUCCACUAAUGACAUUGUUUUUUGGUGAUCUCAUUGAUACCGUUGGUUCACACCUGACCAACAGAGACAUUGUUGAUAUAGUCUCCAAGGUUUGUUUGAAAUUUGUCUACCUUGGACUUGGGACACUAGUAGCAGCCUUUCUUCAGGUGUCUUGUUGGAUAAUUACGGGAGAAAGACAAGCUGCAAGGAUAAGGAGUUUAUAUCUGAAAACGAUUCUAAGACAAGACAUUGGAUUCUUCGAUGCUGAUACAAACACAGGAGAAGUUGUUGGUCGAAUGUCAGGGGAUACUGUUCUUAUACAAGAUGCUAUGGGUGAGAAGGUUGGGAAGUUUAUACAGUUGAUUGCAACAUUCUUGGGAGGAUAUGCAUUAGCGUUUGUGAAAGGAUGGUUACUUACACUUGUUAUGUUAACCUCAAUUCCUCUCCUAGCUAUCUCUGGUGCAGCUACGUCCAUUAUUUUUUCUAAAGCUUCUUCUCAACAACAAGCUGCUUAUGCAAAAGCAUCAACCAUUGUUGAACAAACUUUCGGGUCUAUUCGAACAGUUGCUUCUUUCACGGGAGAGAAGCAAGCGACGAGUAGCUACAAAGAGUUGAUAAAUUCGGCCUAUAAAUCGAGUGUUAAGCAAGGUUUCUCCACGGGUUUGGGUUUUGGAGUAAUGUUCUUAGUCUUCUUUUGCAGCUAUGCUUUGGCUAUAUGGUUUGGUGGAGAGAUGAUACUAAGAAAAGGGUAUACAGGUGGUGCAGUGAUUGAUGUAAUGAUCAUUGUGGUCGCGAGUUCCAUGUCUUUAGGGCAAGCAGCACCUUGUCUAACCGCAUUUGCAGCUGGUCAAGCUGCAGCUUAUAAGAUGUUUGAAACGAUAAAAAGAAGACCUUUGAUUGAUGUUUUUGACCUAAAUGGGAAGGUUUUAGAAGAUAUCCAAGGCAAAAUCGAGCUUAGAGACGUGUGUUUUUGUUACCCUGCAAGGCCUAAAGAAGAGAUCUUUGGCGGAUUCUCUCUGUUGAUUCCGAGUGGUGCAACCGCUGCUUUGGUAGGAGAAAGCGGGAGCGGGAAAUCCACAGUGAUCAGUUUAAUCGAAAGGUUUUACGAUCCGAACUCAGGCCAAGUGCUUAUCGACGGUGUGGACUUGAAGGAGUUUCAGCUGAAAUGGAUUAGGGGAAAGAUUGGUUUGGUUAGUCAAGAACCGGUUCUGUUUUCUUCAAGUAUAUUGGAGAAUAUCGGGUACGGGAAAGAGAGAGCAACGGUUCAAGAGAUUCAAGCAGCAGCGAAGCUAGCAAACGCGGCUAAGUUCAUCGAUAAGUUGCCUCAGGGUUUUGAGACAAUGGUAGGGGAACAUGGAACUCAGCUCUCAGGAGGACAGAAACAGAGGAUUGCAAUCGCUAGGGCUAUACUUAAAGACCCAAGGAUUUUGCUUUUAGAUGAAGCUACAAGUGCUCUUGAUGCUGAAUCUGAAAGAGUAGUUCAAGAGGCUUUAGAUAGGGUUAUGGUGAACCGGACUACUGUCAUUGUCGCACAUCGGUUAAGCACUGUGAGAAAUGCUGAUAUGAUUGCUGUGAUUCACCGUGGAAAGAUAGUUGAAGAAGGUUCACAUUCGGAGUUACUCAAGGAUCAUGAAGGGGCUUAUUCGCAGCUUAUACGGUUACAAGAGGUAAACAAAGAAUCAAAUGGAUUGGAGAUUUCAAAUGGAUUGAGAGAUGGAUCAAUCAGCGGAGGACCAUCAAGAGGAAACAGUAGCAGUAGGAGACAUGAUGAUAACUCUGUUUCCGAUCUUGGUUUACUUGCAGGGCAAGAAAUCACUGAAACGGCUCAAGAACAACCCCAAAAUGUGUCCAUUACUCGAAUCGCUGCUCUUAACAAACCUGAAACUCCGAUUAUCAUACUUGGAACCAUAAUAUGUGCAGUCGACGGCACUAUAUUCCCGGUCUUCGGGCUCUUUUUUGCUAAAGUAAUCAUAGCUUUCUUCGAGCCGCCUCAUGAGCUGAGGAGCGAUUCAAGAUUUUGGUCGAUGAUAUUCGUGCUUCUCGGUGUGAUUUCUUUGGUAGUGUAUCCUACACAUAUGUACUUGUUUUCUGUAGCUGGAGGGAGAUUGGUUCGGAGGAUAAGAUCAAUGUGUUUUGAGAAAGUUGUUCACAUGGAGGUUGGGUGGUUCGAUGAGCCUGAGAAUUCUAGCGGUGCGAUGGGAGCGAGGCUCUCUGCUGAUGCAGCCUUGGUUAGGACUCUUGUUGGCGACUCGUUGGCUCUAACGGUCAAGAACGCUGCAUCCGCAGUGGCUGGAAUUAUCAUAGCUUUCGUUGCAAGCUGGGAAUUAGCGGUUAUUAUAUUAGUAUUGAUUCCUUUGACCGGAAUCAAUAACUAUGUUCAAGUUAGGUUCAUGCAAGGCUUCAGUGCAGACGCAAAGGCGAAGUACGAGGAGGCAAGUCAGGUGGCGAACGAUGCGGUGGGAAGUAUAAGAACGGUUGCGUCUUUCUGUGCGGAAGAGAAAGUAAUGGAUAUGUAUAAGAAACGAUGUGAAGAUCCGAUCAAAUCUGCGAUUAAGCAAGGGUUAAUCGCCGGAUUAGGGUUUGGUCUCUCCUUCUUCGUUCUUUACUCUGUCUACGCUACUUGUUUCUACGCGGGUGCUAGAUUGGUUAAAGAAGGAAGGACAACCUACGAAGGUGUUUUUCAGGUUUUCUUAGCGUUAACAAUGACAACAAUUGGAAUAUCCUCGGCGAGUUCUUUUGCUCCUGAUUCAAGUAAAGCUAAGGGUGCUGCUGCUUCGAUAUUCGGGAUUAUUGAUAGGAAAUCGAAGAUAGACUCGAGAGACGAAUCGGGUAUGGUGUUGGAGAACGUAAAGGGAGAUAUCGAGCUUUGUCACAUAAGCUUCACUUACCAAACUAGACCUGACAUUCAAAUCUUUCGUGACCUUUGUUUCAGCAUUCGUGCCGGACAGACCGUUGCUUUGGUCGGAGAAAGUGGAUCAGGUAAAUCAACGGUGAUCUCGCUGUUACAGAGGUUUUACGAUCCGUAUUCAGGUCAUAUAACUUUAGAUGGAGUUGAGCUCAAGAAGUUGCAACUUAAAUGGCUGAGACAACAAAUGGGGCUUGUAGGGCAAGAGCCUGUCUUGUUCAACGACACGAUAAGAGCCAACAUUGCUUAUGGAAAAGGCGGCAAAGAAGCGACUGAGGCUGAGAUCGUAGCUGCCUCCGAGCUCGCUAAUGCACACAAGUUCAUCUCUAGCAUACAAAAGGGUUACGAUACGGUGGUGGGAGAGAGAGGGAUACAGUUGUCCGGAGGACAGAAACAGCGCGUGGCAAUUGCACGCGCCAUCGUGAAAGAACCGAGGAUUUUGUUGCUUGACGAAGCGACGAGCGCGUUGGAUGCAGAAUCGGAACGUGUGGUUCAGGACGCGCUUGACCGGGUGAUGGUGAACCGGACCACCAUCGUGGUAGCUCACAGGCUUUCGACGAUCAAGAAUGCUGACGUCAUCGCCGUCGUCAAGAACGGUGUGAUCGCGGAGAAAGGAACGCACCAGACGUUGAUCAAUAUCGAAGGUGGUGUUUAUGCUUCGCUCGUUCAACUUCACAUGAGUGCUUCUAAUUGA